GCACACCAGUGGGGCUGGGACAGCAGGGAACUGACGGGCAAGGGACAUUUGUAUGUCCAGAGCAGCUGCUGCAAACCCCAAGGCCACCCUGGUAGGGAAAGCAAAGUAAACGAAUGGACCGGCUGGGCGGGGGGAGGCAGCUGGGAAUGGCAGGGGCUGCGGCAAACUGGAGCACUCAUGGUUUCUCUAAAGUGGGCACAUACUGGCCUUGGCCAAGAGUCACCUCGAGGCAAAACAGGCCUGGGGUGCUUCUUCCAGCAAAGCCAGAAAUGACGUUCUUGUGUGAAAGCCCCCUGGUUUCUCAACACCGGCAACUUCUCAGAAUUUUCAAAAGCACUGUGAAUACACAAAAACAUCUGCGGCCCAGCCUCUGGUUCGAUGUGAUUCAGUCCAUGUGGGAGCUUCUGGAAUCACAGAUGGGGCCUGGUGCCCGGCUGGCAGCAGUGCUGGGGCCUCGGCAGGAAGGGCUGCCCUCCCACCAGCUCGAAUCCUGAACCUGCUCCAGGCCAAGGUCUCUGGGUUCACCAGGAGCCCUGGUGGGGGUGACUCUCGAGCAGCUGUGUCACGGUGGCUGCCCCGGGCACACCUCACUGUCAUCACGUGAAGCUCAAGGUCGGGAGACAGGCGGGUGUGGUUGCUCUUUCUCUGGAUCUUCAGUCUCUGCCUCCCUUCACACUGGGCCCAAGAAAGUCCCAGCCAAUGUCCCCAAAGAGGCAGCUUCUCCAGCCCAGCCUGGCAUGCAGCAGGUGCUGUCGUGCCCUGCAGGCAUUGGGGGCUGCCUCCCCAGAGGUACCCACCCUGGGCCAACCCGGGUGCUUGCUGGCUGUCUGCUCCCAAGGUGUGAGGGCAGCAGGACCCCAGGCCAGCCUCCCUGACCAGCACAGCCCAGGGAUGAACCCAGGUGAUCGGCGCUACCACCAGCUGCCCCCUCACCACUGCCUCGGGUUGGCAUCCCCUUCUCUUUAUUUUUUUUAUUUUUUUGAGAAGGAGUGCCGCUCUCACCAGGCUGGAGUGCAGUGGCAUGAAACGAUCUCUUCUCACUGCAACCUCCGCCUCCAGGGUCUGCCUGAGGCUGCUGGGUCAGGACAUAUGUUGAAUACCCAAGGCCCCAAGCACCGUGCGAGGCAGUGGGGAUGCGACAGGAGAACAGGAAGUCUCUGCUCUGGGGAGCUGCUGUUUCUGUGCAUGAGGAGGAUAUUAAACCAGGGGACACGUAACCAGGCAAGGUGGUUUUAGAGUUGUUUGUCCACCAUGAGAAACAAAACGGAUUGACUGAAGAGGCAGCUCCAGGAAGGACCCUGUGGAGGGGGGGUAGCAGCCCCCCGUGGCAGAUCUUGGGGUGAGUGUGGCAGGCAGAGGGGACAGCGUGUGCAGAGGCCCUGGGGUGGGAACGUGCUCGGGGUAAGUGAGGAGCCGCCGGGGGUGGUGGUGGCUGGGGAAGAGUAGGGUGGUGGGACAGUCAGGGGAGUGGGGACCGCAUUGUAUAGGGCCUCUCAGGCCACCGGGGAGAGGGGAUUUUGUCUCAGGUGUGGCAGAGGCUUUUGAAGUGUGUGUUGCGGCGGGGGAAGGGGGCUCGUGUUAUCUGAUUGAUAUUUUGGAAGGCUCUCUCUGGCCAUUGUCAAGUCAAGGGCAGAAGCAGGAGGUCAACAGUGCUGCUCUUGGCAGGCGACAGAAGCUGCCUGAACUGCGCAGGUGGCUGUGGAGGUGGAAGGAAGGGCGUGUCGGGAGUUUGUUUUGGAGUCAAAGCCAGCAGGGCGUUGAACCCUGUGUGGGGAUGACGCCAGUGAUGUCUCCCUGGAACCGGGACGCCCCAUGACGAGGGCUGGGCUGCCCGGGGCCAGGGUCCAGUGUGCGGCCUGGGGCGUGGCUCUGAAAGACGUUGCUGGUUUGGGGCACCAUGGAGCUGCGUAGGUGUGUCAGGAGCCCCGAUGGCUUUGGCCAGUGUCAGAUGUGAGCAGGGCUGGAACUGCAGGGCGCCAGCCAGGUCCUGCUAAGCCAGGUCGAGGGCCCUUGUCCUGGGAGAAAGGGAGCCAUUGGCCAGCAGUUCCUGUGGCUGGCACUUGGCUCAUUGGUGUGGCCAGGGCCUCGCUGUUUCCUGGCCUCAUUCCCCGUGGGGACGGUGCACCUGGCGUCAGGCCCUACAUGCCUUUCUUGCUCAGCCUGGCUUGCAGCUCAGCUCCCGCAGGGACACACUUGAACUUGACACCCAGCUCCCUCUCUGGUCUCUCAGGAGGGCCUCCUCUGCCCCUGGCUCCCAGGCAGAGCAGCUCAGCCAAGCAGGUCCAUCGGGCCCCCUGGGCCCAGCUGGAGGAACAGGUUGUCUCUCCAGGCUCUCGGCUGCCCGCCCAGCCUGGCCUAACCCCAGCUUGCCUUCCAGCAUCGGGCCCCUCCCCUCCACCCUGCCCCCAGCUCUCUUGAACUGGGCUGGAGGAAGCCCCAGAGGCAUACAGGGCUGAGUAGCUGGAGGGGCCAGGUCUAGGGCCUUCGCAGGAUUUGCAGGCCUGAGCCAGGCCCUGUAGAGAUGCCUCCACUGGGGAUGGUAAGAAUGAGAAUUCCCCUGCAUCUGUGACCCCCGCCUCCUGUGGGCUGCCCACCUCACCAGGGCACAAGUUCAGGGGAAACUCAGUCCUCGAGGAGAGAACUGGGGGCAAUUCGGCACUCAGACCUCCUUUCCCACCUGCCCUGCUCACAGCACGCAGCACCCUCCUCCCUGUCACACCCAGUGAGUCCUCAGAUCCACUGUUGUUCAUCUGGAGGUGGCCUGAGAAAUGACACCUGCCUGCCAUUCCUGUCCCGGGGCAGAGGGCUGCGUCAUCCCCAGGUCGUGUCUCUGCUCAGCUUCUUGGCCGGUUAUCCCCUCCUAGGAUUGGUCCUCAGGGAGAGGUUCAGAGCUGAGACCAGAUUUCAGCAAAGGGUGAGAGGCCGGCGGGAGGAUGCCAUGAAGGCAAGCAUGAGCCCCUGGCCCUGCUGAGUUUACAGGCUGUCCCCAGGCCUGAAAUCUAGGACCAAUCACUGUUUCUCUGCCACAGGCAUAGCGAUCCAGGCUAAGGCCAUGGUCUGCAACCCCAGCGCCUGGCUUAGAAGCUGCUAUCUGCCAAUUGCUAGCUUGGGCCUUUGACCAGGUGGCUUAACCUCUCACCCUCCGUUUUCCCAUCUGUGGAAUGGGGAUAAUCACAGUCAGUUCCUUAUAGGGUACUGUGAGAAUAAAUGAGUGAAUGCGCUUAGGUUCACGUCAGCUGUGGCGGCCUGGGAGCAUCACCUCUCGGUACUGCCCUUUGUGGCUGUGGGGGCUUCUGAGCCCAACUUGGCUGUUUGCUGGUGAACUCAGAUAAGCCUGUUGAUAUCUGUACCUCAGUUUCCCCUCUGUAAAAUGGGUCUGGCAGCAGUCUCUGUUGAGCUUAACACAGGGCUAAUGCAGGCUGUGGGGUCCUGAGCACAGUACCUGUGCAGACUACCACUCAGCAAACUGACGCCGACACUGUGGUUAUCAUCUGGAAGACUGGACUCAUAACCCCUGCUGCCUGCCACAGCAUUCACACACAUGCACAUACACACGCACACACAUGCACACACACACACGCAUGCACGCGCAUGCACACAUCCACACAUGCACACACAUCCACACACAUGCACACACGCAUGCACACAUCCACACAUGCACACACACAUGCACACACAUCCACACACGCACACACAUCCGCACGCACACACAUCCAUACACACGCACACAUAUCCACACACAUGCACACCCACACAUCCACGCACACACACAUCCACACACAUUCAUACACACGCACACACAUCCACACACAUCCACACCCACACACAUCCGCGCACACACAUCCACACACACGCACACACAUGCACACACACAUCCAUACAUGCACACACAUCCAUGCAUACACAUCCAUAUACAUCUACACACACAUUCAUACACAUUCACAUACCUGCAUAUCCAUACACACACAUCCACACAUACACAUCCAUACAUGCACGCACACACGUACACAUCCAUACACACCCACACAUGCACAUGCACACACAUCUGUAUACACACAUACACAUCCAUACAUGCACACACACACAUCCAUAUACAUACACAUGCACACACACAUCCAUAUACACAUCCAUAUACAUACACAUGCCCGUAUGCAUUCAUAUACAUCCACACAUACAUAUCCAUACACAUCCACUACACAUGCACACACACCCAUAUACACACGCACACACAUGCACACAUCCAUGCACACACUCAUACACACAUGCACACACAUCUACACACUUGCACACACAUAUCCAUCCACAUGCACAUUUCCACACACACAUCCACAUGUGCAUACACAUCUACACAUGCACACACAGCCACACACAUGCACUCACACAUGCACAUCCACACACACACACACAAACACAUCACAGGUUACCUCCUUCAUCACUGUGUAGAGCACAGGCCAGCAAACUUUUUCUGCAAAGAGCCAGAAAGUAAAUAUUUUAGCCUUUGUGGGCCAGACGGUCUCUGGCAAGAACUCAGCUCUGCCAUAGACAAUAAAUAAAUGGACAGAUGUGACCACACGUUAGUCAGAGUGUACUUACAAAGUCAGGCACUGGGGCCAGGCGUGGUGGCUCACGCCUGUAAAUCCAGGACUUUGGAGGCCGAGGUGGGUGGAUCUCUUGAGCCCAGUAGUUCAAGACCAGCCAGGGCAACAUAACAAGACCUCAUCUCUGCAAAAAUAAAAAGUCAGUUAGCCAACCAUGGUGUGGUGAUACGUGCUUGUAGUCCCAGCUACUUGGGAGCCUGAAUUGGGAAGAUCCCUUGAACCCAAGAGUUCAAGACCAGCCUGGACAACAUAGCAAGACCCCAUCUCUACAAAAGUAAAACGUAAAUUAGCCAGGCAUGGUGUGGUGAUGGGCACCCGUAUUGCCGGCUACUUGAGAGGCUGAAGUGAAAGAAUCGCUUGAGCCCAGAGGUCGAGGCUGCAGUGAGCUGUGAUGGCACCAGUGUACCCCAGCCUGAGUGACAGAGCAAGACCCUGUCUCAAAAACCUGAGGGCAGACAGACCCUCUGAGCUGCCGUUUGCUGUCCCCUGGCCCAGAGGCCUGUGCAGGGACCUUGCCUCGCUGGGCUUAGUUGAGCGCCUCUGGGGUUGCAAAGCCACUGGGUCCCGUUCUUGUUCUUGGGGCAGCUGAGAGCCCCCAGCCCAGGCCUCGAGCCCCACUCCCCUGCUGAGCAACACGCUGUGGGGUUAGAGAGCAGCGCCCAGGCAGGCUGGCUCAGGAGGCUUCCCAGUGGAGCCCAUGCUGUCACAGACUGCCACCACUGUGGGUGCAGGAAGGACAUUUGAGCAGGGUUGGCCAGGGCUCCCCAGGUCUGACUGCCCCACCUCCUAC